CGCUUGUAAACGCUUUUAAUUCUUCUUUGUGGAUGUUUUGUUUUGGGGGUUUUUGUCGGUGAAGAUAUGGAGCAUGUGAACUUCAUCUGAGAAUGAAAAUGAUUCUGUUUAUAAGCGGACCUGAUGAUCAUUGAAUUGCACCAUGUGGAAAUUAUAUAUGAGAGGACAUUUGAUAAACGGAAAAUGAUUCACAGCACAACUUUAUUCUGUCUUUGUGUAUUGAUCAUGAAUGGUGUGUCUGGUGUUUAUUCAGAUGAAGUGAAGUCAGUGUCAGUGUCAGUGACUGAGGGAGAUUCUGUCACUCUAAACACUGAUCUUACUGAAAUACAGAGAGAUGAUCAGAUACUGUGGAUGUUUGGACCUCGAGAGACUCGUAUAGCUGAUAUAUAUACCCAGAACAUCAAAUUAUUUAAUAGUGAGACAUUCAGAGACAGACUUCAGAUGGACAGUCAAACUGGAUCUCUGACCAUCAGAAACAUCAGAUCUGAACACACUGGACUUUAUAAACUACAGAUCAUCAGCAACAGAGGAACUUCAUACAAGAGAUUCAAUGUUACUGUCUACGUUCCACUGCCCAUUCCCAUUAUUAGAUCUUCCCCACAAUGUUCAUCAUCAGAGUCCAGAUGUUUUGUGCUGUGUUCAGUGUUUAAUGUGAGUCAUGUGACUCUCUCCUGGUACAAAGGAAACAGUUUAUUGUCCAGCAUCAGUGUGUCUGAUCUCAGCUUCAGUCUCUCUCUACCUCUGGAGGUGGAAUAUCAGGAUAAAAACACAUACAGCUGUGUGAUCAACAAUCCCAUCAGAAACCAGACCAAACAUCUGGACAACAUCAGUCAACUCUGUCACACAUGUGAAAUCUCUGUCCACUGUUGUGGUUUCUCUGAAGCUGUGAUUCGAUUAGUCAUCUCGGCUCUGGUGGGCGUGGCUACUGUUGCUGCAGUUUAUGACAUCAGAUCCGGAGUUUAUGUGAGUUUAUGUGAAUACUGGGCCAGAGCUGGCUCACUUUUGGUGAGCCACUGCCAGAACACGGCUGAGUGA